AUGCAGGACGAGACGAGAAGACAGGGGCAGAGACUCGGGACAGAUUACACGAAUAAACUGCACAAUUCAGCAGAAUGGCUGAUAUCAGCCGGAGACAGCGCGAAGCGGAGGUUCCUGACCGGGGUGCUGGUGCGCUGUGAGAGUCUGGAGCUCCUGGAGAAUGUGCGGAAUGUGCUGCAGGUCACUUCGGGGAAAGACUUCACCUACACCAGGAGUCGCGCCAAAGUGGCCGCCGCGUCCGGCUCGGCUCAGGACGAGAAAGUGCUCGGGAAGGAAAUGUUGAACACCUGGGAAUGGUUUAAAAACAGCUCGAAUGUGACGAAAACGCAGUAUUUACUGGCUCUCUUGACCUACUGCGAUGCGGAUCUCCUGCACGUGCUGGGGAACCUGGUGCGCGUUCUGAUAGCGCGCGAGAAAAGUGAUUUAAACCUCCUCAGGCGCAGUACAGUUUUUCCAAACUCUGAGGAGAACAGCAGUUAUGUAUCUCAAUCAAAUUAUUCCUUCAGCUCUGGCAAAGAUCCCGAACAAGACCUACUUGUUCAAGCCAGCUCAAUCUUUGAGAAUGGCACUUUCCCUCAUGAAACCCGAGAUGCCACUGAAUUAGACUUUCAGGACUAUUCAAAACCCAUCAAGAAUUCCAGCUGGAAUUAUGUGGAGGAAGCAAUGCUCAGGUGUCGGAGGUUGAAGAGCAGUGAGGCAGAUGAUCCUGCACUCAUGGUUGUCCCCAGGUCUUCCAAAUCCAUGUCAGGAGUCAGCCAACACCGAGACUUUAUUCGGGGUCUUCCGGUUGGGCUCGCCAAGAAGAUUUUAGGCCUGUUGGAUAAGACCACGCUACAAAGCUGUAGACAUGUCUCUCAACACUGGCAGUACCUAACCGAGGAGAUCGUAGCAGAGCACAGAGUGAAAAAGAUGGUGGAGGACCAAGCCGUGAUUUUGCAGGGAACGCCUUUUGUAGUCAACCCUGUCUAUGCGAGGAUCCGUGAGGUCCUGGUGCCCAUCAGAAAAGAGGAGAUGCACAUCCAGCAUAAGAAGAGUUCGCAAAAAAAUAAGAAGGAUCUCGGGGGCUUUGAGAUGGUCUAUGCAAAGAUUAAAACCAAGGUCGUGGAGAUGGAGGAGAGGAAUGUGUACUGUGGAGUCUACAAUGUUUUAAUCAUGUUGGACAGAGAAGACCCCAGUAGAGUGAUCCAUUAUAAUGGAGGCAGGAUGGUGGCGCUGGGCUCUAAGGACCGAUCUGUGCGUCUGCUGGACACGACGCUCAUGAAGCAGGUUCCCCCAGUGAUGCAUGGCCAUGCGGGUAGCGUGCGAGCAGUGCUGGUGUGUGAGGAGAGAGAACUGGUGAUCAGCGCCAGCUACGAUCUCAGCAUCCGAUGCUGGAACCUGAAAACAGGGGCAUGUGUGAUGCUGUUCUCUGGACACAUGGGCACCAUCACCUGCCUGGACCUGCACAGAAACCACCUGGUGUCCGGAGCCAGAGACUGCAAAGUCAAAGUGUGGAGCCUGCAGACGGGUCAGUGCUAUGACAGGAUGAAGUUUCGUCAUCGGAAGCCUAUAGUGUGUGUGAAGACGGACUCGUCUCUGGUGCUCAGCGGCUGUGAGGGAGGAUUGAUCAAGAUGUGGGACAUCCAGACAGCGACUCUUUUGAAGGUCACGCAGGGUCACCAGGGCGCUGUAAAGUGUCUGUUCUUUGACCAGUAUCACAUCUUGUCUGGAGGACCGGACGCUCAGGUGAUGGCCUGGAGUACAGACCCUGAAUUAAAAAAAUGUCUCAUGACCUUCCAACAUCCACGGGAAGUGGUAACGUUGUCUUCCCUCUUCCUGCGGGUCAUCACCGGCUGUGUGGACGGAAAGAUCCGGAUCUUUAACUUGCUCAGUGGGGAUUGUCUCAGACUCAUCAAAAUUAGCACCGAUGAACGUCCUAUACGGUCUUUAUACACACAUCAUAAUAUUAUGGUGGUGAACACCAGCAGCCGUGUUUUGUUUCUUCAGUUUGCUGAGCAGCAGUGGGAUUACAGUGCACUGUCAGAGCAGAAGUGCAUCCCUGAUCACACACUUCCUCGUCCCAAGGAGUCGGCUUCAGCAAGCUCAUCCAAAUCAAAAAAGAACGAGAGGCGAUCGAAGACUCAAUUUCUCUCCCAGCGGCUGAGGAGCCUCUCAGCUCCCAGCAUGCAACAAUCACAUGAUAAGCGAUACAUGACCCAGAGGUAUGUGAUGUCCCUGAGUGAGAGAGCUGUGCAAGGGCACGUGAGGAAGAGAGGCCCCCAUCACCCGAUCACAACCUCCCAGGUCCUGCUAAGGGUCCGUCCUAGCUGUCAGGGCGAGUGCAAAGACCCGGCCACCUCCAACAUGGAGCUGAACGCUGCGGUUCGAGACGCCUGGGGUCCUCCUCCGAACAGAGAGCCAGCUCCUCCUCCAGCUUCGAAAGCGUCCAAACGUCCACAUUCAGCCCGUAAACCGUCCUCAUUUCAAGGCAUGCUUAAGAUAUACACGCCUCUAAAACCCCACACGCUUCAGCAUUCCCCACAUUCCAGCGUCCCAACUUUGACUUUUCCUAAGUCCAGAAGGACUAAAACAGCAUGCAAAGUCAACAAAUUGACCACAGCCAACAUCAACACUGCAGCCCAGGAAGAUACCCAGAGUCCGGGAAAUACUUUACCGAGAAGUGAGUUGAAGCGUGAGGGCCACCAUGUUGAAUUUGAGCUACGAGCAAAAUCCAGGCCAUCCCAGAGUCCACUGGAUCCAUUCCGAGAGAGCGGAGGCUUUCAGCUCAGGACAGACACACAGAUGGAGGAAUACAAGCAGGCACAAACUCAAGCUAACUCUUACACAUUCUCAGAGACUUGCAGACCGUGCCGGACAUUCUGGAAACCAAAAGUUGCGCCAGUUAAAGCUCAGGAGCCACCAUGAACUCUGCGCUUGGUGCUUUUGUAUUAAAAUUGUCUCACUGUCUAGUGUUUCCUGUUCGUCUUCAUGGUGUUCUUGAUUAACUCAUUGAUUAAGAGUACAGUUAGUCUGGCUUAUCUUGCAUGUCUUUGUGUUAUUAUGUUUCGUGU